CUGUUUUUUUUUUUUUUUUUUGGUUCGGUUCGGUUCAGUACGAUAUCUCCCACUGUAGUUCCGAGGUUCUUUAUAGGCAUGAUAUUCGGCAUAAUAUUCCAGCGUCAGCAUCAUAAUUCUACCCGGUAGCAUGUAAGCAAGCUACAUACCUAAGCUACCUAGGUAAGCUACCUACCUUGUAGGCAGCAAGUUCCCAGAUUUCUUCUUUUGCCUAUCAGACCUCAUCCAUGCCAGCUCCGGUGACAAUCUCCAACCCAGCCGGGACGAAUCGACACGAGGAUGCCAAGAUCCCACCUGCCUCUUUCAUCCUGAUGACCUUUAGUUAGUGCUGAGCUUCGGCCCAGGUCUUGGUCGAUGGAAAUUACGGCAUGGCGCAAUCCUUCCAAGAUACCAAUGUAAUCUACAGUAUCUACAUGCAAGCAUCAUACAUACAUACAGCUGUUGAUAUUUUACCUGUUAUACCCCGCCUAGCUUCUUUGUCCCCGGCUCCAACAAAGGUAUUAAUUAUAUGGCUGCCUUCACUGCCUUGAGCCUUUCUUUCUUCGGGUAGACCUUGCUAUUGUCUAAACUUCACCUACCCACCUAACCUUCCUAGGUCCAACACAUAGGUCGGCGUAGAGAAAAGGUUAACAUAGUUUUGUCGCGCCAACCGUGAAGAUGAGGGUUCAAACACAGGCAGUAGUGGCCUUGGCUGCUGUGCCUACCGUCCUCGGCAUCACUCCCGAGCUCAUGCUAGCUGCCAAUCGCUACGGCGCCGCCGCACCGAACCCCAGUGGUGAAUUCGCCAUCUACAGAGUCUCCAAUUACACCUUUGAGACUCAGAAAAGGUCGUCGCACUGGAACAAGCUCGACCUGAAGACCGGCGACAUCUCCCUCUGGCAUGCCGGUUCUGACAUUUCUGAAGUCGUCUUCGUCGGGCCUACACCUUCCAGCAUCAUUUAUGUCAAUGGUACCAACGAAGAAGGAGAUGGAGGUAUAAGUUUAUACUCCGCAGACGCCAAUGCCCUGGAGGAUGCCAAAUUAAUUGCCUCCUUACCUGCACCUUAUUCGGGUCUCAAGGCAGCGCAAACUUGCUCAGGCGAUAUUCAUUUCCUGGUGUAUACAAAGGCAUACCCAAAUGGCACCGCAUACAAUGAGGCUUCUGCGAGCACACCCGCCAGUUCCGCGAGGAUCUACACAUCAGCCUAUGUUCGGCAUUGGGAUACAUGGCUCAGCCAGGAAAAGAAUGCUGUUUUUGGAGGUGUGCUAAAAGGAGAUGACGGUGGCUAUUCGUUUUCCGGGGAGCUCACCAACUACGUCAGUGGCAUCUGCAAUGUUACCUGUGCUGAGAGUCCAUACGAUCAAAGUGACGAGAGCGACUACGACAUCUCACCUGACGGUAAUAAUGUCGUUUUUCUGACCAAGGAUACUUCACUGCCUCUCGCCAACUACACGACCAACGUAAUCUAUCAGGUACCGUUCACCGGCACGGCCAAGGACGCUGUCCCCAUCAAUGCCAGAGGUAGCACCAAGUAUGCCGAAGCUCAGGGUGCGGCCACGAGCCCGAGGUUUUCCCCCUCGGGAAAGCAGAUUGCUUAUUUCCAGAUGAAUGGGAUCAAUUACGAGUCGGACCGCAACAUACUGUACGUAGCCAAUGCGGAUGCCCAAGACUUCAAUGUGACAGCCCUCGCGCACGACUGGGACAGGUCGCCGGAUAGCUUGGCGUGGUCCAAGGACUCGGAAACCAUCUUCGUCGUAGCUCCCGAUUUAGGCCGGCAACGAAUCUUCCCCAUUCCUCUAAGCGCCGGUGACUCCUAUGUACCGAAGAAUAUCACGAACGAGGGUGUGCCUGCGGGAUUCUAUGUCUUGCCCGAUAAUUCGAUUCUGGUGUCAGAUGCCAAGAUUUGGAGUAGCCGAGAUAUAUAUACCAUCACAUCGGAGGGCGAGGUUUCCAAGACGUACUUCCAGGCUAACUUGGUUGACCCUGCUUUGGCCGGCCUCGGCCCGGAGGACGUCUCCGAGUUCUACUAUUCAUCCAACACAUCCGAAAUCGAGCAGCAGGCCUGGAUUAUAUAUCCAGAAGGGUUCGACGAAAACAAGACUUACCCAUUGGCCUUUAUCACCCACGGUGGUCCACAAGGUGCCCACUACAAUACCUGGUCGACUCGAUGGAAUUUCAAAGUUUGGGCAGACCAGGGUUACGUCGUUAUUGCACCAAACCCAACAGCAAGUUCAGGUUGGGGCCAGAACCUGACAGACGCCAUCCAGGGACGUUGGGGAUCCUACCCGUACUGGGACUUGGUUCACGUUUGGGACUACGUCAACGAGAAUCUCAAGUAUGUCGACACGGAGAAUGGUAUCGAAGCUGGCGCAUCUUUCGGAGGAUAUAUGACGAACUGGAUGCAAGGGCACGAGCUUGGAAGGCGAUUCAAGGCGCUCGUAACACACGACGGUAGCACGUCGACGCUCAACCAAUACGCAAGCGAAGAGCUCUGGUUCAUGAACCACGAUUUCAACGGGCCAUUCAACCAGAGCGGAUUCGUACCCGGAUCGCCGUAUUACGAUUGGAACCCGCUAUUGUAUGUGGACAACUGGGCCACGCCGCACUUCGUGGUUCACAAUUCCAAGGACUACAGGCUGCCCGUUAGUGAAGGUAUCCUUCUGUUCAAUCUCCUCCAAUCGAAGGGCGUACCCAGUAAGCUACUCAACUUUCCGGACGAGAACCAUUGGGUUCUAAGCCAAGAGAACAGCCUCGUCUGGCAUACUGAGAUCUUCAAAUGGAUCAAUUACUAUAGUGGUAUUAGUAAGGCUUCGAGUCCUUAUUAACAAGGUAGACAGUUUAAAAUGGGAAGAGAUAGAUAUCUACGGAUAAGUCUGGUCUAAUCCUGUAAUACCUAAUAUACCUAAUUAGACAUGAUCGUUUGAUGAAGCGAAAUGGUGUUUAAUGUUGUGUGAUCUCUCGUGGAAUUAGACAUGUACAAUGUGUUACAUAAGAGCCUAUACGGACAAUAGAGAGGAACUCAUGCGUAGCAUUCUCUUAAGGGGUUCAAUACAUCAACGAUAUUCUUCUUGAGAUGACAGGUACGUGGUUUUUUUUAGGGGGGAGGAGUUUAG